GUGUUGAACGUUGAAGGAAGCCACACUUGAAUGAUUCUGCUGUUCUUUUCCUUAUUUUGUUCUAUUUCUACCUGUUCCCAUUGAUCCAUCAGCCGUCUUGAACAACAGGAAAGAUGUCCUCGCAGGCCGCAAUACUGCGGCAAUCCAAAAAUUAUGUGUGGAACUUGAAUGAUGUUCUUGGACAGGGUGCCACAGGUUCUGUCUACAGAUGUCGUCACAAGAAAAGUGGAGAAUCGUUUGCGGUGAAAACCUUCAAUGUAAUGAGCACCCACCGCCCUCUGGAUGUUCAGAUGAGAGAAUUCGAUGUGUUGCAGAAGUGCGACCAUCCCAAUAUAGUCAAACUUUUGGCUAUUGAGGAAGACCAAGCUGUUAACAGCAAGGUGAUCAUCAUGGAACUGUGCGGUGGAGGCAGCCUUUACAGUAUGUUGGAUGACCCGGCCAAUUCAUUCGGAUUGCCAGAACAUGAGUUCCUUCUUGUCCUGGAGCAUGUAGCGUCGGGUCUACAGCACCUUCGAGACCAAAGCAUCAUCCACAGAGACAUCAAGCCUGGUAAUAUCCUCCGAUACAUCACAGAAGAUGGCAGUUCAAUAUACAAGCUGACGGACUUUGGAGCAGCAAGAGAAUUGGCUGAAGAAGGACAGUUCAUGUCACUCUAUGGGACAGAGGAGUACUUGCAUCCUGAUAUGUAUGAGCGAGCUGUCCUUCGGCAACCAUCGGCAAAACAGUUUGGUGCCACAGUUGACCUUUGGAGUCUCGGAGUAACCUUGUACCAUGUUGCAGUGGGUCAGCUCCCCUUUAGACCAUAUGGUGGGAGAAAAAACAAACCAACAAUGCACCGGAUCACCACACAGAAGGAAUCAGGAGUGAUAUCUGGUAUACAAUAUUCUGACAAGGGUGAGAUCCACUGGAGCAAGACGUUACCAGAACAUUGCCUUAUUUCACAUGGUUUGAAGACACUGAUCACGCCCCUCCUUGCUGGAUUACUUGAGUGCCAACCCAAACAAAUGUGGAGUUUUGAGAGGUUCUUCACAGAGGCGUUCAGCCUCUGUGCCAAGACUGUCAUAUAUGUGUUCAACGUGUGGUCGGGAUCACAUCUGAGGAUUUACAUGAAGAAGGACGAGAGCUAUGCCAAGUUUCAAGAACUGAUUGCCGAGCAGACGGACAUCUCUGCCAACAAUCAAGUACUGCUGUUAGAUGGGCAACAUUUUAGUCACAUGGUCCAAGCUCUCCUACCAGCCGUGCAGUACCCACACACGUCUCAAGACUACCCCAUCUUUUUAUACUCGAAAGAUUUCGUACAAUGUCCAAAAUUGCAGUUGUUCAACAUUCCUGAGUUACCGCAGUUCCCCUCCUCGGCGCCAACAAACCUGGAUGCUGACUUCUCUGUUGCUAAGACGUGUGGUGGAAGCCUACAUCUCAUGCAGAAGCUGGUGAAAUCUGCUGUUCAUCGACAAAGGCUGAUGGAUGAGUCCGUCAAACUUUAUGGGGAGGUGCUCGUACGGGACAUGAUGCAGUUCAAAGACUACGCAACACAUUUCACAUGCAUCUGUGACGAAACAAAGAAAAGGGUCCAAUGUCUGUCGGAAAUUCACCGAAACAACAAACGGGCCAUCUCCAUCAUUGAUAAACUUACUGGGAACAAUGAGUGGGCCAGAUUUGUGAGCACUCUUGAUGGCCUUACCGAUAGUGGCCAGAGACCGCUUCAUGAGAUGAACAUUGGUAACUCUGAACUGAAGAGAUUCUGUGACGACAAUUAUGAGAAUCUGGUAAAGAGACGUGUUCUCACCUCAGGAUGGAGAAAACAAUCGGGGUGUACAGAGAAAGAAAGAUGUGUUCAGAAACUCGAUAUUCUCGUCGAGAACACGUCAGAGAUUGUACACGAUUUCAGAAAAAACAAAAUGACGCGACGGUUACAAUACAAUGAGGAACACAUCCACCAUAUUUCAAAAAAUCGAUUAACUGAAAACUGUGCCAAAGCUACAUCGCUGCUUCAAGACCACUGCUACAGGAACUUAAAGCAGGUCCAUGCCUCUCUUGCAACUUGGCUUGAGCGUGCCUACAAGGUACAUGCAAACAUUGUCCAAAUGGAUGGAAAGUUACACGACAUGAUGAGCAGACAGAAAGGCAUCAGCAAAAACCAGGAUAAAGUCGAGGGAGAUUACAGCAAGCAUCUUGAUAGGUGGCUCUCUGAGAUGGAAUCAUCAAACACCCAACUGAAAAGCCUUGCUAGUUCCAGUGGUUCAAUGAAGAGUGGCUCUAUGCAGAAGACGCUACUGAAGCAGGUCAAUGAAGACCUCCAAUCGCUGCGACUAGAGAGUGGCAAGAUCAAGUCGAUAAUAUUGGACAACAACGAUCUCGUUAAGAAAUUGGAGGACCUGAGCAUUAUGAAUGGACAAGCUGAGGUGGAGAUGCUAGACAGCGUAGCCACCUCCCAUGAAAGCUGAUCAUGUGGUGCCAGGAUGGGGAACAGGGGGUAAAUUUAGGGGAAUAUGAAUGACUGAAACAAGUGUAAUGGGAACAAAUGACCUUUCACAUAACUAAAACAAGUGCCCGAGUGCUAUUGUGAUGGAAGUAUUUGAAUGUACAACGAAUAAGGUCGACAAUUGUAAAUAUUACAACAUUACAGUAUGUGACCCUUGAGAAAAGUAGGAUGUAUAUAUUUAUACCAUUGAAGACUUUUCAUCAUAGCUGAAAUGUUUGUAAUCCAUAUGGAGUCUGAGAACUUCCUACCGUAAACUCGUGCACUCAUGUACGUGUAUGAUCACGUAUGUGAUAAGAUUUCUGUGUGACAGGUUUGAUGAAAGUGUUUACUCGUGAACGAGUCUCGAGUUUUGUAUUUGAUUGGUGUUUACUUCUGCAAUUUUGUGAUGUACUGGUAUCUACCGUCGUGGCGGAAAAUUAGGGUUGUUCUGAGUGCUGGAAAUUUCUUGUGUGUUGGCUGUUACUCUGAUUAUGAGUCAGGGCCACAUGCCUGCCUGUAAAUAUGUACAUAAACUUGAUCUCUCAAGUGCUGAAUGAAAAAUGUUUCAUGCAGAUGUGUUUUGCCUUAUUUGUGUUAUUAUUUCAGUACUUAUGUAAGAAUGGAACAAUCACAAUACCUCUUGAACAUCAGCAUAACCAUCAUUUUAGGCAUCAAAUCUACUUAGGGUAUUUUGCUGUAAUGGACAUAAAAGUACUUUUGACAACAACAAUUCAAAGUUUAUUCUGUACAAUUCGAAACUAAUCGCAAAGAGAAACUGAUUUGAAUUAUUGACGAAAAAGGGACUGCUAGACAAUAGUUUAUGAUUUAUGGAGAGAUCGCUAGUCAUGCUCUUGUGUAUGUAUAUGACUGGUCUUGAAAUUAUGUAAACAGACUAUAUUGCACAUUUUAAUCUAUCAAAUUACCCAUCGUAUUGCUGUGUAUGAUCAUGUAUGAGUGCAUGUUUGCACUAUUGAUCACAAAGCAGAUUCUAUAUAGGUAUUGUUAAAUUCAUACCGCCAUACAUGUAAUGUACAUUUUGUAAUUAGCAAAUAAAGGAACUCCAUAAACAAAA